UUUCGAAGACUGGUUUAUGAAAUUGGCAUUACCAUAUAUGAAAAACUUCGAUGAAAUGGUACACAAUUUCGUGGCAGAUGAUGCAGUAAUUCUAACCAUAGUAAAUAAAAAUGCCAAUGAUGCAAGAGGUGAUGAGUCCUGGGAAGAGUUACUGAUAAAAUUUGUGCAAGACAGACCAGCCCUUUAUAAUAUAACAAUUCCGGUUGCGGCAAAGAAGAAAAUAAACAUAUAUAAACCCAGUGGCUCAGCAUCACAACCGGCACCCGAACCAGUCUUCCGAUUUUACAAAAUUCUUAGACGAUACAUUGGAUACAAAACCUACCGUCAGUUCUGUUGUUCAGCAGAUGAUUUCUCCUACUCCUUCAAUGUCCAGUGAGCAAGAAAGAAAUGGUUAGGAUUGUCCGGAAGAACAAAUAGACAAGAUAAUAAACCCAACAAAAAGUAAAUAAGCCUUUUCAUUCUUCCAAUUUCAUGUAAUGUAAUGUUAUGAACUAACACAUUUUCUUUCAGUAAGAAAGCUGUAAGGGUUUUUCGGUGGGCACGCGGGUAGCUACAGUCGUGCCCCAGGGUUUCUAAAUAAAACUUAUUUACACACCAGUUUCCUUUUAUUUUUGAACACCGUGUAUCUACACCACAGAAUACAGAAUUAUUAUGUAGUUGGUAUCCCUGGUG